GUAUGAUAUAUGAAUGCUAAUUUGAACGAGGCAUGAUUCCUCACAGAAAAAGAGCUAAUGACUAUGUAACUAUUACUUGCGGGUUUAGGUUAGCCUGCUAGCUGACACAGCCUUUCCCAUGUAUUUUCAAAAGGCACGCUCGUUAUAUCAAAGGUACCUUCCCACAUACAAGAAACAAAUAUAUUGGCCUCACACGUCUUUACACGAAAUUGGAGAUCAAAGUACACUUCAGAAUCCAUCCCUCCAUAACACCAUCCGUCAUGAGCCUACAAGGCGAAAGGGAUUUAGGCACUCUCCUCGCCUCUCUCGACCCAAUCCUCGACCCGGAGACCUUCAUCUUCCUCACAACCAAAGAACCCAUGCACAACCUUCCCCUCCAGUCCCUGCAGCCCCAAAUGUUAUUCCAAGAAUCCGAGAGCCUCACUAUCAUCGUAUCAUCCAGAAACCUUGAUGGCGCUCUUGACUUUGCCAGGCAGGCCACAUUUAAGUGCCGGAUGAUAUCAUUGAGAGUCCACUCGAGUCUCGAAGCUGUAGGGCUUAUCGCUGCGAUUGCCGCAAAACUCAAGGAGCGGGGGAUCAGCUCGAAUGUCGUUAGCGGAUUCUUUCAUGAUCAUCUUUUCGUGCCGCUGGGUCGAGAGGAUGACACGAUGCAAGCGCUUCGUGAUUUGGCAAGGGAGGCUGGUUCGUCCUGAGCUAGUUUUUUUCUUUUUUCUUUUCUUUUCUUUUCUUUUUUUGGCUCUUCGCUUUGUCG